UCUGUUCUUUAGGCCUCUGUCUUCAAACCCAGAUAACAAAACAUACAGAGAAACUUCAUUUCUACCUUUUCCUGCAACUUAAAGCUAACCAAUGUCAAGAGAAGACCGGGAAGCACAGGAGGAUGAAUUGCUAGCUCUCGCUAAUAUUUUCCCCAAAGAUGAAUUUAGGAGAGCAGAAACUUCGAAGGGAGGGGAAAUCCAAGUGUGCCUCGAGUUACCAUCUAACUUUGAAAUAUCGAUAAAAAGUAACACCGCAGAAAAUAUUUUCAUUGAGAACUUUGAGGACACACUUUCUUACCUACCACCAGUUGUGCUGAAUUUUGAAUUUCCUUCAGAUUAUCCAUCAACCUCGCCUCCCAACUUCACACUUAGCUGCAAGUGGCUCACACCCAAGCAGCUUGUAAGACUUUGUCAGCACUUAGAUGAACUCUGGAAGGAGAAUGCAGGAUGUGUUGUUCUGUUUGCCUGGACACACUUUCUAAAGAAGGAGACUUUUAAGUACUUAAGUAUCCAAUCACCUUAUGAGAUUGAAGUGUGUCCCAAUGUGUCACAGAACUGUAAUAAAACUCCUGUGGAAACCGAUCUCUGCAGCAAUGCAGAAUCACAAGAGGAUGGGGUCUAUGACAAGAGGGCCGUACAGGAUGUGGUGUCUGUUUCUGCCCUGAUAAAUUGCAUCUUGGAGUUCAAUGAGUCUCAGCAAAAGAAAUGCUUUGAUAGCAAAUUGUACAUGUGCAAUAUCUGUUUCUCAGAAAAGCUGGGCAGCGAGUGCACAAAUUUUAAACUCUGCAAUCAUAUCUACUGCAACGUUUGCCUCAAGGAUUACUUCGAAAUUCAAAUCAAAGAUGGCCAAGUCCACUCUCUUAACUGUCCAGAACCAGAGUGCUCCUCCACAGCAACACCUGCUCAGGUUAAGGAACUGGUAGAAGAAGAGCUGUUCAGCCGUUAUGAUCGUCUCCUCCUGCAGUCCAGCUUGGAUCUCAUGCCAGAUGUUGUGUACUGUCCUCGUACAUGUUGUCGGACACCAGUCAUGCAGGAGCUGGACGACACUAUGGGUAUUUGCUCCUGUUGCCAUUAUGCCUUCUGCACUGUCUGUAAAUUGGCCUACCAUGGAAUUUCACCAUGUAGACUAACAACAGAAAAACUACUUGAGGUGUGUGAACAAUAUCGGAAAGCAGAUGAUGCCACAAAGAAUUUUCUAGAAAAGCACUAUGGGAAGAAAUUGUUGCGGAAAACAGUGGCUGAGUUGGAGAGCAAGGAUUGGGUGGUUAAAAAUUCUAGGCCUUGUCCUCAGUGUGCAUCUCCUAUACAGGAAAGUUAUACACCUGCUUUUAAAAUAGAGGGCUGCAAUAAGAUGGUAUGCAGUAAGUGUAACCAAGCGUUCUGCUGGCUCUGUAUGAGCAGAUUGAAUAUGGAUGACCCAUACAAGCAUUUCAAAGAUCGAACAUUACCCUGCUACAAUCGGCUUCAUGUUCGCGUAGUUAUGGACAAUUGAGAUGGGGAAAACUGAGCGCUACUCUUUACACUGCUUGUUUUCUUCUUGCACAAGGACUUAAUCCUCAGAAUACACAGUGGAUCACUGUGCAACCUCUUGGAUCGAAAAUUCAAAUGUUCUGACCUAUAAUAUGUUCUUAUGCAUCAGCUGUUAUUUUAUCUGAAAAUGACAAUUUCUUUUUGCAUGUUUUUUGUUAAUUUGAUAUAGUAAAAAUAUGAGUGUAUUAAGUUUUUUUUAAUUUUCAUUUAUCUGUUUAUUCACAAUUUUUUUUAUUUAUACAUUAACAAGAAAAUACAUUAACACACAAUAACAACAAUUGUAUUUAUUAAUUAAUAUAUCCUUAAUUGUACUUAUAAAUUAAUAUAUCUUAAUACAAUAUAUAUUCCAACAUUUAAGACAUAACCAUACGAUAAGGGCAUAAACAAAGUAUGUACUACAGUUUAGAGAGCUAGAAUCCUUCCACGGGGGCAUCGUUUCUUUAAAUACUUCCUUGUGUCAAUUAGGGUAUUUUACUUUUGUUUUAUAAUCUAUCCAAGGUUUCCAUAAAGCCUGUUGUGUGAUAUAUUUCCCCGGAGGUGAUCUCAAAUUCCAUUCCAUUUUGUAUUGAUAAUCAAAUUGAUUUAUUAACUCCACGAUGUUGAUUGAGUCGUUUUCCACUUUAGCGCUAUCUUAAGUGCAUAUAGUAUAUGAGUAAUUAGGUAUUUGGAUUUCUAUUCCAAUUAAGGAAAAUCAAGAUUGAAUAAAAAAAAGAUUGGAAGUAAUAGAUUUAAUAUCCAAAAAGUCAGAGAGAAUGUCUGCUCCUUAAUUUCCUUUAGGAUGUCAAAAGUAUACCAGAUAUAGAGCGUUACAUUUGUAAUUAAACAGGCUUCAUUUAGCUAUACCCGGGAAUGCAAUGCCACCUUUAUUAUAUUUAUGCUAAAGAAUCUCAUGUGAUAUUCUGGGAAAUAAAAUUUGAAAAAAGUUUUUGAAAUUGGAAAAUCGUAUCUUUACCUAGUCUAAAAGGUAGUGAGCGGAAUAAAUAUUGAAGCCUAGGAAUAGGAUAUGCGUUAACUAUAUUCAAGCAGCCCAACCGGGAUAUUUAAAUUUUACUCUAUAUAUUCAGUUGUUUUUGUAGUAAAGUAUAUAACGCAUCUUAAUUAUGCUGAAUCAUUUCUGUUAUUUUAAAAGAAAGUUUGAUACCCAAAUAAUCAAUAUAUUCUUGGUUCCAUUCAAAGUGGUAAUGUGUUUUAAGGGAAUGUAAUUUAUUACCAGGUACAUUAGAUGUUAAGAUUUUAGUUUUUCUAAAGUUCAUUUUAUAAUUAGAAUAUUUUUCCUAUAAUUCCACAGUUUUCAAAACUUCUCACACUGAGGUCAUGGGUUUUAUCAAGGUCAGAAGCAGUUCAUAUGCAAAUAAAGAUAUUUAAAAUUCUUGACCAGCUCAUUGUAUUCCUUGUAUUAAUUUAUUUUUUCUAAUCAUAAUAGCUAGCAGUUCAAUGGUAAGAAUGUAAAGUAAGGGUGACACAGGACACCCUUGUCUGGUACCAUUUUCUGAGUAUAAUUUCAUAACC